AUGAAUAAAUUUUAUAUUCAAAUUGUUUUUUUUCUUUUAAGCAUCUUCAUAUAUGUGAAUAAUAAAACCCUUGCAACUGAGCUGGCUCCAGAAGAAAAUACAAAAACAAAAGAAGAAACAAAAGAAGAAACAAAAACCAAACCCAAAAGACGUUAUCCUACUCCAGAAGAGAUAUAUGAAAAAAACAAGCAACUAUUAUGUACUGAUCCCAAAGAAAUAGAAAAUGCAGUCGAACUUAUGAACGAAGCUAUAAUGCAUUUAGCAUAUCAUGCUACAAGUAAAGAUGAUUAUGAAUUAUGUGAAUCAAAUCUAUCUUAUAAUAAUACUUUUAGUAAAAAAAAACAUGGAGAUACAGUUGUUCAAAGAAUUAGUUUUAUAUAUUAUGAUCCCAAAAAAUAUAACGAAAUAAUAAACUUGUUAUGGAAUCCUUCUUUUGCAAAUAGGUUCAAUAAUGGCUUUGUUAAAAGAAAAAUUGACCGUGUGUACAACCCAAAUUUAGUAAUAAUACAGCAACGUUACAAAAAUUCGAUUUUUGACCGUUGGAAAUAUUUUUAUGCUUUAGCUGCAAAGGUUGAUAUAUCAGAAAAAAAAACUAUAAUUGUCAUGACUUCAGCAAAUAUAAAUGAUGGCUAUCCUUCCGAGAAAGAAUAUAAAAACACAAUAAUAGAAAGCGCAAAUUUGUUCAAAAUUGACAUUGAUUCUAGUGAAUCUAUUAGAAGUGGAAAAUUUGAAAAAACAUUUCUUAACAUAGCUGGAUUCCUCAUUGAAAAAAAGGAAUGGAAUAUUGAUAUCACCUAUCUCGAAUCUAUUGAUGGGCAUACUUCCAAUUUUAAAAAAUUAAUUAUUAGAAAAGCUUUAGUUAAUUCUUUUCAUUAA